AUGGGAGCAUCAGCGUCCAAAGUGGGCCCUGCCGCGACCGAGAUACCACCUCUUCCUCCCAUAUCGUCAGCCCCGGAGUCACCCGUCGUCCCGUCCACUCCCCUAGUCCCGGAGCUCCAUACCACUUCCAGCCGAAUACCAAGCAUACUCUUUGCGACCGUUGGACCGGCCUUCUUCUCGCCGUCCGUGGCUACGUCCACUAUCGACCUAUGGACCGCACACGGCGGCACCAUCCUACCCAUCCCCUCCGCGCUCGUCAAAGCCCACACUUCGAACUACCUCUACAUCGGCCCCGCCUCUCUCCGGGAGCUGCAAAGCCUACUGGAGUCAGCUGCGAAGGUUUUCGUUAUCCCUGACGACCCGCUCAUCCACUUCUUGAAGGGAGAUAUCGUCAUCCUCGGGUCGACCUGGGUGGGCGAUUGCGCGAAGGCAGGAGCGGUACUGCCGGACCAGGGAUAUGAGAUCGUAGGGAACUCAGGAGCGCAGGCGGAGAAGGUCAGGAUGACCCUGGAUCGGCUAGCUGCACGCCUACAGGCCGCCGCACCUCGGUCCGACCGUACUUCGGCCUUCACACCAGGGGGGACACGGAAGGAUCCCUCCCCUCCCCUCUCUGCUUCGCCAGAUCCGACCUCUUUGGGGGGCAGCAAGCGGACGUCCAAGUCGGGCAAGAAGGUGCGAUAUAUCCUUCAGCCGUACCUCGAGCUGGACCUCUCCUCCCCGACCCUGAUCGCUACCUCUUCGCCCCCCCACUCGCGGAGCUCCAGCCGCGGAUCACCCUACGCCCCUGCCCAGCCCACCACACCCCGGCCCGAUGCGCACAAAACGCCUCAACGCCGACUCCACAUCCCCAAUCCCGUCCGGACGCCCUUCACUCCCCAGCGUCCACCGCCCGCUCUCCGGCUCGCGACGCCCUUCUCAUCCCCCUCCCCUCCCCCUCCCGACUGCAUUGAUACCUCCGACUCCGAAUUCAUCCCCUCGGCGGCCGAUCUCAAGCUGCCGAGCUAUUCUUUCAUGCUUGAUACGGACUUGUCUCCUGGAUUUCCGCUGGAGCAGCUGGAUGAGGCGCAAAUGGCGCAGCUUUUGAGGGAGAUUGUGGAGGAUGCGAGUCGGGGGAUGGAGGGGGAGAAGAGGUACUGGGAUGCGGAGCUUGGGUGGGAGGUGCCCUUUACUGCAUCUAAGCAGGAGCGGAGGAUGGUCGAAACGGAGGAGGAAGAGGAGGAGGCGGAAGAAGUGGAAGAAGUGAAAACAGCCAGGACAGAGGGGGCUGGGUCAUGGAGAACUUUGGCCAGAAGGGAGAUCAAGGCGGAAAGGAGCCGAUUGGAGGUUUGGCUAGGGGAUGAGAUGUCCCGCUCUGGAUCGAGGACGGAUGGGAUCGACCCAGGCACCCGAGCGCACAGCUACGAUCCUCGUACGCCCCAGCCGAAGCCGAAGCCGAAAACAAAGUCCGGGGCGAGAUCAAGCACCAAACCGGCGGUCCUCUUAACGCCCGUCUCGCUGCCCACUAUCGCGCAUCGAUCGGUCGUGGCAGCCACCGGUCCUCCUACUCGCAAGCAGCCAAUGCGCCGCAUUCGGUCCAAGAUCCUACCAGGCCCGAUAUGCGAAACGACGGGGAAGGGGAAGGGGAAGGGGCAGGAGGGAAAGCAGCUUCUGGCGGGGAUAGCGGUGGACCACCGGGCGGCGAAACGGUUCCGAGUCUAG